AUGACCAUAACUUCAACUUCCCCAGAACACCCUAACCACCCUCUAUGCUAUCGUGGGCAAUCAAAAGGAGGCCGUGGCCGUGGCGGACGCCCACAAGGAGGCUUCAACGACCGAGAUAACACUGGCCCGGGAAUGCAUCCCCUCCCAAAUAUCUCACAAGUCAUUCCCGGCGCUCCGGUAUCAAUUGUUCUGAAAGUCGACCAGCCCACAGGGAACGAAGUCCAAGGCAUCGUCGCUGAACUCUUGACUCGAGGAGAUCACCCAAGGGGCAUUAAAGUCCGGUUGCAAGAUGGUCGUGUCGGCAGAGUUCAGAGGAUCGUCAGUGAGGAGGCGGCCAAAGCGGGGUCGGAGGGGCUUAGUGGGUUGGGGAGGAAUGGUGAUGUGAGGAUGGGCAUGGAGAUCAAUGCCAGCCUCCAAACGACAUCUGCUCCUGUCGUGACUCGUGUUGGAGGUUUUACUGGAAGACGGUAUGGCGACUUCAGGUUAGAGGAACCAGAUGAGCCACUGAGUACCGGGUUGAGUCUGUCCGACUAUGUGGUCACAACGUCGAAGCGCAGGGGUCGACAAAAGAAGCAGAAUGAUAUGGGUCCAGAUGCUGCAGAGCAAGAGGUCAAUGAAGACGGAAACUCAAUGGCUGCUUCGGACUCGACAACGAUUGUGGCGAAGUGUCCAGUGUGCGGCGAGUUUGAGGGCGAUGAAGUUGCCGUUGCUCAUCAUGUCAACACGCAUUUCGACUGA